GCAGUAUAUAAGCAGUGCCUGUAAUCCAAAGACAUUUUAGUUAUCAUUCAGUGUUUUUUACAUCCUCUAAGUGGAAAAUAAUUAAGGAACAGAAUCUACUGAAUAUUUUGAGAAAAUGAAAAGCAACAAAGUUGCACAGAAUUACAGCGAAAAGGCAAGUGAGUUGUUGGCAGUCGGAAAAAAUUCAGAUGCUCUGAAAAACUGCAAUAAUUGUUUACGUUUUGCAACUGCCGAAUCAGCUGAGUCAUUAAAAGCGAUGGCGGCACGUGAAAAAGUUUAUACUAAAUUUGGAUCACUUAAGGCUUCCGUCGACAAUCUUUGCAGUUCAGUUGAUUCAUUAGAGGAUUUAAAGGAAGAUUUUUUCAAGUUGUCACAUCCACCGAACCCAAAAAUUCCAUUUAUUGCUGAUUGUUUGGAAGUGAAAGAAAAUGAUGUCUAUGGACGUUUCAUUGCUACUAAGAAAGACUUAUUGCCUGGUGAUGUUGUGAUUAUGGAAGAACCAUUUUACAAGAUAAUAUCACCAUCAGAAAAAAAUUCACGGUGCUCAGUUUGCUUGAAACAGAACUCACUGAACUUAAUUUCAUGUGAAAAAUGCUCUGCAGCUCUCUUUUGCUCGAAGAAAUGUGCGGCAUCAAAGAUUCAUGAGUACGAGUGCGGAAAGAUAGAGGAACAUUUUGAGAAAGCUCUUCUACAGCGAAUGUUUUAUCAGUCGAUUCAGAUUUGUGGCGACUUGAGUGGACUUGAAAAGUUGAUGAACAAUCAUGAUCCAAAAAAGACAAUCAUGAAUUUCGACCUUAAUGAUCCGGAUAAUAAUAAUAAUUUAAAGAAUCGCAUGUUGGCGACAAUGACUUUAGCAGAACGUGAACCUUGGUCGAGUGAAGCAUAUGCAAAGUAUGAGUUGGUUACAAGAGAAUUGGAACAGACAAAAACAGAGGAUGAGAGACAUUUCUUAAGAAAGUAUUUGGUACAUUGCAUGAAAAGCAUGACAGUCAACUUUUUUCACUUCUUUUGGUCAUCAGAAGAAAAUUCACCUGGUAAAGGAUAUGCAAUUUGUUCACUUGCUGCAUAUUUUGCUCAUUCAUGUGAUCCAAAUAUUGAUAAAAUCGAUGUCGAUAAUAAAUUUGUAUUUGUGACUCGAAGACCAAUCAAAGCUGGAGAACAACUCUCAAUAUGCUAUGAUAGAUACAACUAUCUCACUCACUCAUUAAGUGAUCGUAAAGAAUAUUUUAAUAGAGUCUAUACAUUUGACUGUUUGUGUGUUGCAUGCGCAAAGAACUAUCCACUUCUCAAGGAUAUGUCGAGACUUGAUGAUAAUUUUAUUGAACCAAAAGUGAAUUUAAAUUCAUUUGAUGAUAUGAAGCAGCAAUAUAAUGAAAACUGUAAAUACAUCAGUGACAAUAUCACCAACUAUCCAUCCUACGAGAUCUGUAUUUUAAUGAAUCAGAACAAUCGACUUCUUUAUGCGAUGGGAAAUUUGCUGCCAUUCUGAAAAAUAAAAGAAUUAAUUUUACUUCCUAAUUUUUUUUUUGUUUCUCUUCCAUGUUUUAUUGACCUUUAUGAUAAUUAAUCACAAUUACUGCUGUAGUAAAAAAAAUGAUGCUUUAAGAUGAAUGAAUAAAUAAUGUUUAAAAAAAUACAGA